AUGGAACGAGACUCUAGAGAGAGAAAAAAUCCAAUAGAUGGAACUAAAGUUGUGGAAGUUGGUGUCGAUGCUGCUGUUCUUCAGUACCAGAACCAAAAACUAGUACAACAGUUAGAAACUCAGAAGCAAGAGUUGCACGAUCUUGAGUCCAAAAUCAAAGAUUUAAAAGAGAAGCAAACGUCAUAUGAUGAAAUACUGAUAAAUGUGAACAAACACUGGAACCAGUUGAUUGAAGAUAUAAUAUUGCUCCAAGGACAAGUGGGGGCCGACCAAAGUGCCCUACAAAGUUUGGACCGCGUUGAAUCCUCCCGUGCCUCUAUUCCGUCAUGUCCGCCGGAGGAUAUAUUUCUCUGUAGGUUACUAGAAACUGAUGCUAAUCAAAGAAACCAAAAUGGCGAGUCAAUUGGUUUUAUCAAAGACGUUCUUUCAUCUCGUCAAACAUCAACUAAGCAGCUGAUGAAAUUACUGGAAGAUGCUAUUGAUUUUCAGAGAGCUAAAUUUGAGGACAUAGCUCGGAUUUUGCUGGAGAAACCAUCUGCAGAAGAUGCUGUUGUCCAAAUGUGUAAGCUUGAUGAUUUGAUAAAAGAGGAGGUUAGUGGCCUUCAAGAGUUGGUUGAUGUGAUUCACUCUAAACACAAGCAAUAUGCUGACGAGACUCAAACUUGCAUCAAUAGCCAUUCACUUGACCAGUUAGAGAUCAAACGGCUCAAUGGAAAGCUGGAAGAGAUUAUUGCUGAACUAGAAGAAAGUAGAAGAAAAAUAAUCAAUUUCAGAAUGGAAAGGGAUGGAUUUUCUGGAAUGCGGGUCCCAAUACCUGUUCCUCUUAUAGUUCCUACAACUAAUGGUACAGUGUCUCCUGAAAAAACUGCUGAUAGGUCAAAGAGACUAAGAGAACUAAAAGAAUCUAUUGACGAAGUGAAGGUAUUGGCUGAGGAUCGACUUACUGAACUUCAAGAUGCACAAGAAGAAAAUCUAAUUUUAUCAAAGCAACUAGAUCAUCUUCAGAAUGAGCUGAAGGAGGAAAAGUAUGUAUAUGCUUCCCGUCCUUACUCCUUGCUGAACGAUCAGUUUCAACACUGGAAUGCCGAGGCAGAGCGUUAUAGGACAUUGACUGAAUCUUUGCAAGCUGAAAGACCUUUUAUCCUAAGAAGGGAGAAAGACUUGACUGUGAAAACAGAGAACAUAGAUGCAACAAGGAAUGGCAUAGACAAUUCUGACUCAAAGGUUGAAGAACUGCAGAAUCAACUGGAAAGGUGUGUUAUAGAGAAGAACGAGUUGGAGGUAAAAAUGGAAGAAACCAUGCAAGAUUCAGGAAGAAAAGACAUCAAAGAAGAAUUUCAGGUGAUGGCUUCGGCUUUGUCUAAAGAAAUGGAAAUGAUGGAGAACCAGGUGAACAGGUGGAAUGAAACAGCUGAAGACGCCUCUUUUUUGCGUGAAAAGUCCCUAUCUCUUAGUGCCUUGGUAGACUUAAAGGCCACUGAAAUGAAGAAUUUGGCCGAUGAAUGUGCUCAGCAGAUAUGGGAGAUCAAGUCAUUAAAGAACAUUAACGAGAAAAUGGAGAAAGACAAACAAGAGCUUGAAAUUUUCUUGGAUAUGUUGGGUCAGCAAAUUUAUGAUAACAGGGAGUUGGUAGAGAUUAAAGAAUCGGAACGUAGAGCUCACAUGCAAGCUGAAACUUUGCGGAAGGCUCUAGAGGAACAUAGCUUGGAAUUAAGAGUGAAAGCCGCUUAUGAAGCCGAGGCAGCUUGCCAGCAGAGGCUAUCUGUUGCUGAAGCCGAAAUGGCUGAACUAAGGGCCGAAUUAGAUGCUUCUGAUAGAGAUGUACUAGAGCUCAAGGAAGCCAUUAAGAUUAAAGAAGCAGAGGCUGAUUCCUAUAUAUCUGAAAUCGAGACAAUUGGUCAAGCUUAUGAGGACAUGCAGACUCAGAAUCAGCAUUUGAUGCAGCAAGUGACAGAAAGAGACGAAUAUAAUAUUAAGCUGGUUUCUGAUAGUGUGAAAGCAAAACAGUCGCAAAACAUUUUGCUGUCUGAAAAACAAGUAUUGGCAAAGCAACUUCAACAGCUCAAUGAAUCGCUCGAGUCAUUAAAGUCCAGAAUAACUAAAAGCGAGGAGCAGAUGAAAUCAUUCCACCAAGAAGCUUUAAGUUCUAUUCAAGAAGAUAGACACAUAGCGGUGAAACUUGAAGCUGCAAAGUGGGAAUUAGCAGAUGCAGAAAAAGAACUGAAGAUGCUGAAAUCCUCCUUAUUAUCGUACGAGAAGGAACUUGAACAGAUACAGCGGAAAGUGGAUGAUAUUCAGAAAGAACUAGAAAAUGAAAGAUCUGAGCGGAAAAGGCUUGAUGAAGAACUAAUGGAGUUGAAUAGAACAGUUGAGGAGUUUACAUCGGCAACAGGGGAGGCUGCAAUGCAGAAACUUCAGGAAGAGAUUAAAGAUUGCAAAGCUAUACUCAAGUGUGGAGUGUGCUUUGAUCGACCUAAAGAGGUUGUGAUUGUGAAAUGCUUCCAUCUAUUCUGCAAUCAAUGCAUCCAGAGGAAUCUCGAAAUCCGCCACCGCAAGUGUCCUGCUUGUGGGUCCGCGUUCGGGCAGAAUGACGUUCGAUUUGUAAAGAUCUGA